GCCAUUUCGGAGCCCCCCCCGCGCACGCAGGCAGCGGGGCCCGCCCGGCGCUGGGGCGCGGAGGCCAUCUUGUGGCCGAGCCGGGCGGAGCCGUCGCCUAGCAACGGCGGCGCAGCGGGAAGUACAAAAGAAGCAUUUGAGUUCUGACUUAGAAGCGAAGAUGCAGAUGUUAAUGCCUGAACCUCAGAUUUUUGUGGAAAGAACCCUGGCCCUCAUCAAACCAGAUGUUGUUGAUAAAGAGGAAGAAAUAGAGGAUGUCAUUCUCAGAUCAGGAUUUUUGAUCGUUCAGAAACGGAAGCUCCAGUUAAGCCCAGAGCAAUGUAGCAACUUUUAUGCAGAACAAUAUGGAAAAAUGUUUUUUCCUAAUUUAACAGCCUAUAUGAGCUCUGGACCGUUAGUUGCUAUGGUUCUUGCCAGACAUUGUGCAGUCUCAUACUGGAAGGAAUUGCUUGGACCAGCAAACAGCAUAAAAGCUAGGAGGACUCACCCUCACAGUUUAAGAGCAAUCUAUGGGACUGAUGAUCUGAGGAAUGCCCUUCAUGGCAGUCUCAACGUUUUCUCAGCAGAAAGAGAAAUUCGAUUCAUGUUUCCAGAAGUGAUCUUGGAGCCAAUUCCAGCUGGGCAGAGAGCUAGGGAUUACUUGAACCUUUAUGUAAAUCCUACCUUACUAGCAGGGCUCACUGCACUUUGUAAAGAGAAGCCAGCAGAUCCGAUGACUUGGCUUGCUGACUGGUUGAUUGAACACAACCCUAAUAAACCCAAGCUACAACAUCAAAUCACUGAAGAAGAGCAUCGGGAAUAAAAAACAUCACUCAGUGGAAACCAUCUCAAGCGUUCAAAUUACAUAUAUAUAUAUUAUCAUUGGCACAGUAUCCCUUGGCUAUACAAUUAAUAUAAUCUAAAGUAGAUAAUGUCUUAACUACCCAUCUCUUUGUGGGAUAAACCUUCCGGUUAACCAGGAUUUAACAGUUGUAGUAGCUUUUCUGUUGACUUGGAGAAUGUAGAAUUACAUGAUAAUUUUAGCGUGUCAGGUGAUUAGAAGAAGAUGAAAUGAUCUUGUGGUGUUACUUAUACUGCUGCUUUCCCCAGUUACCUUGUUUUGGCUGUUUGGGGAAAACAUAAUUAUUUAGACCGCUGCAGAUUCCUAAAUGACAUACUUUGUGAUGCCUGUCCUUUGUGAAACUGCAACUUGUUUCCAGCACUUUUUAAGAGAUGCAAAUCCCAUUAUGAAGGGGAGGUACCUGAAUGUAAGUUAGAAAACAGUUACUGGUGGCAUCAUAUUAGCAACUUGAGAAUGUUGAUUGUGGGUUACAUCACCGAGCUAUGGUCACUCUUACAGAUGAUUCACUCAAGACUGAUGUAUUUUGUCAGAAUACAAUUUGAAGGCCUUACUUAAAGCUACAUUGAAUGUACAUUUCCUAUCUCGACAGAAAAAAAAAAAACAAAAAAACACAGUGGUUAUAAAUCAGUCUCAGAUUCCAUUAGAAGUCACAAGAAGGUUUACUUUAGUCAAGGACUAAUGAUAUCUUCCAAGACUUGUUUAAAGAAAGGUGUUUAAUUGCAACAGCUCACCUUAAGGGUAUUUUUUGUGUUCUACUGCACUUAAAAGGUCUUCUGCUUUCUGUUGUUUUCCUUGUAUUGUUGGUUACAGUUGGACUUCAAUGUGUUCUGUUGGAGAAUUUCAAGAGAACGGGUUAGGGGCCGUGCUGUUCAACAGACAACAUGUUAAUCAUGUGCUAUUAUCUAUUAUUAAUGUAAUUGGACUGUUUUUUCUGGGGGGGGUGAGACAUGACACCCCCCCCCCCCUUUUUUGAUUUCUUCCGUGUUGCAUUUGCACUGUUAACUUCAAGGUUUGCAUCCUAUGGCUUUCCUGCCUUGCAUGGAGGAAACAAUGUCGUUCUCCCAACUCUGAAAUAUUGGUAUUCUUGACUAAUACUAAAUAAAUAAAUAACUUCAUAGUUUAUUUUAUGACAAGCCUUGCUUGAUUAAUUACCAGAAACGUUAAACUUUUUUUAAAAGCUAA